CCCCGCCUCUUACGCGUCCCGCGGCCACUGUGACCGCGAUUCCCGUGUUGUAGCUAGUGUCCGGCCCCGUCCCCUAGUGCGGCAUCCACCUCCUGGCUAGGGAAGCGUCAUCACCCGCCAGCUUCGGGUGUUCUCCCCGUUCCCGCGAGGCUCCGCCCCUGCCGAGCUCCGCCCACGCGGCCCCGAGGGCGUUUCAGCCCCACGAGCUCCUUAUCCCCUCAGAAACCAUGAUUCGGAAACGAAGAUCGCCGCCGCUGGCCGCGGAGCCCGCUAAGCCCGCGGACUCAUGAUUGAGGACCCCGACCCGGGCCCCGACUCAGGGCCCGAGGGGAGGACGCUCAGCUCGCCCGACGAGCUGGAGUUCUCCCCUAACUCAAGCCAACAUGAACUCUCGGAGCUGUCGGCCCUGGAGCUCUCCGAAAUGGUGGGCCCCAAGGAUAAGAACCCCUGCAUGCCGGAGAAGAGCGGCUACCGGGACACCGUGUACGUCAAGGCAGCCCACAUCUUCCAGGGCAUCCGCCUUGACAAGAACCCGGACAAGGUGGUGCUCCGCUACGGCGAAGAGCCGCCCAUAGACCUGCCCGACUUCGAGGACGAGACGAACCUUCGUCUGUCUUACGAGCUCGCCUUCAGCGCCCUGAAGUAUCAAGAUAUUUUGGAAAAUAUAUUAAUAGACAGCUGUUUUUAUCCAAAUGUAUCAAUACCAGAUGCUUUGACAAGCCUUGUUGUUGUGAUGCUGUAUGACUUCCAAGACAGAAAGUUUCAAAGUCGACUUAUUACAGAUGUGGAACAGUCAAUUUCAGAAGUUCAGGAAGUAGAGAAUCUUCUUAACAGUUUUAAAACAAAAUUGGCUGCGGCACUGGCAAGAUGUCGAAUUAAACAUGAUGCUCUUUCAAUUUACCACAUUCUACCAGAAACUGUUAGAAAACAGGAACAAAGAGCUUCAACUUUGCCACUUUAUGCUUGGGUAAAUACUUGCAAAAUCAGCCCUGAAGGUAUCUGCGAUGAUUUGAAAAAAGAAGGAUACACCAGAGUCAAAUCUGCACUUGACUUUGAUUGUAAAUCUUUUUGUAUGGACCAACAUUGCAGUGAUGUUAUAAUUUUCCCAUCUCAUCUGAAAAGUGAACUUCUUAAUAUAGAGCUUUGCACAGGUUAUAAACUUUUGUUUCAGGAUAAAUCUCGAAGUCUUGCUGUCCAUUCUGUAAAGACCCUGCUGAAUAUGGAUGAUGAUAUAUUACUGGUCAACAUGGGUUCCUGGUAUACUGUUGCUCAUAUGUCAACAUUGACAAAUCAAAAUACUUCAAAAAUAUAUGUGUGUGGAGUAAAAGCACAAACUAAGGAAUCUGAACUGCAGGAUCUUUUUACAAAUAUGGGAUGUAGAAACAUUGAGGUGUUAAAUGAAAAUUUUACAGACAUAGAAGCAAAAGAUCAAAGAUUACAGAAAGUUAAAGUUAUUCUUCUACUACCUCGCUGUUCUGGAUUGGGUGUUAGCAAUCCAAUAGAAUUUAUUUUAAAUGAGAAUGAAGAUGCAGACUUACUUAAAGAUCACUCUCAAGGCGCUAUUGCAAAAGAUAAACUUCACGUUCUUGCUGAAAAGCAAUAUGAACAACUGAAACAUGCAAUGCAGUUUAGUAAAGCACAAGCAAUUGUUUACUGCACAUGUUCAGUUUAUCCAGAAGAAAAUGAAGUUGUCGUUAAAAAAGCACUGGAACUUGGAGUCGAAGGGAAUAAAGUACAACCUUAUAGGCUCAGUCCUCCUGUACUUCCACUAUGUUCUGCAAAAGAAAUCCAUUCAUCUAUUGAUAAAUUUUUCAAAGUAGAACCAUCUGAAAUUACCAAUGGUUGUUUCCUUGCUGUCCUAACAAGAGAGGACUCUCAUGACUGGUGUGGAGCCUGUAGAGUAGAAAGAAAUGAGAGUCAGGAAGACCUGGAUUGGAGUCCAGGCUCUCUCUCUAAGUUGACCUCAGGCAAGUCACAACUUAACUGGAAUUCAGAGGGGUCUUUUCUCCCAAUCUGCCACCAACUUUAUCUCACAAGGUUAAUGAUGCUCAAAAGAGGUAAUGAUUUUUAGUUUUGUUACAUUUUAGGUAUGUUAUAAAUGUAAAAGGAUUAAUAUUAGAAGCGGGAAAAAUUAAAUACACAGAUGAUCUUGAUAAUAUAACACUCAGUAAGUUUAGAUUUUCCUGUUAAGUCACAUAUUUAGAUAGAAAACAAAUGGGCAGAAAAUAAGAAUAUUUCCUCCAUAUUAUCUUGCAUUAUUUUGUUUUGUUCUAAAUUGCUUUUGUAAAUUUUAAAACAAUUUUCUGUGGCACAGAAAUCGAUAUAUCCUAUUCUGUUAUUGAUAUUAAGAAAAAAUGUGAUAGACAAACUCAGGUAGAGUAAAAUAUCAACUAGACUGAGAAGAACCAGGUGCAGAAUCUCAACUAAAAGAUGGCUAAUGCAGAGAAGAUGUCACCAAGUGACCAAUGUAAAUGUAUGUGACUGACAUUGUGUAAAUGGCAUUGCUUCAAUUAUAAAUGGUAUUGCAUAAGAGAUCAAGAUCAAACUUUUAAGGAUGAAAGGUAUAGAUUGGUGUUUUUCACUUUAGGUGUUUACAUUGAGCUACAGCAAAUUGCUAACUAACAUUCUAACAUUCUCUGGUUGCAUUGUUCAAUGUAAGGCAGAGUAUUGGAAUACGUCCCACCCAAAAUGCAUCAUACUUUCUUUGUGACACUCAUUUGUUUCUCAUU